AUCAUUAUCUGAAACGAUUCCAUGAAAUGAUGUAAAAAGAUUGUUCAUGCCCUCUCAUGAGAGCAAAACCAUGAGCCUCAUUUGGAACUCUCAGAUGAGUUUGUCCCACUUUACGAUGCUGUGCUCUAAAUUUGCCUCUCCAGCUGCUCCCCCAGCACCCCAACCAGCAACAGCAGCCUCAGAUUCCCUGCAACCCCCCACCACAACCCCACCAUACACUCAUACAUCCUUGACUGUGCCUUUGUGUGUAAGUCAGCUGGCUUAUCGUGGAGGAGUCCACCAAGCCAUGACUGGCUACUACAUAGUCACACAGUAGCACUUCACAAAUGGGAUCUUUGCCACUUCCUGUUGGAUCAAUCCAGUUUCUUAAUCCUCUGUGAGAACACGUUACGAGUACAAAUCAAGCCCUCUGACUGCCUCCUGGAACGCCUGGAACAUGGCCCACGUCCAGAGGGUGCAGAAGAAGACAAGUUCUGUGUCUUUGACCAUUGCUUCCUCUUCCUCUGCAUCAUCCACCAGGGAGCUGUCCUCUAGCUCCUCAUCUUCAUCGUCCACCGUCCUCACGCAAAGACACGCCCGUCGGGUGCAGUCGCCUUGCGUCAGCCCUCACAGGACUGAGAGUCCCGUCAACAAUCAACAUUCUGGAAGUGGAGUACCGGCGACUUUUGUGAAGUGCCUCCAUGACGUGUGUGCACUGAAGGGCCAGCUGGUGGUUUUGGAGUGCAGACUUAGAGGGACUCCUCCCCUGCAGGUCAUGUGGUACAGGGAGGACGAGCAAAUACUGGACUCUGACGACUUCAGGAUACUACGUAAAAAGGCCUGUUCUGCAUCUGUGCCAGAGGAGCUUUGUACGCUGGUGAUAACUGAAGCCUUUCCAGAAGACUCGGGCGUAUUUAAAUGCAUCGCCCACAACUCCAUCGGCACCGUCUCGUGCGCCGCCUUGCUGGAAGUUUACAACGACCUGGAGGAGCAGCUGGAGAUUGAGGCCAUUCGCCAACAGGAGGCAGAAUCUCUCAUAGAGGCGAAGGAGGCAGCGUUCCAGCAGGAGAGUGCGCCUCUUCACACUUGUGAUGACUUCCCCACUUUACUGCCAGACUCGGUGAGUCUGCUGCCGCCUGACUGGGCCAGCAGCUCGCUGGAUGACAACUUCACCAGCGGAGCAGGUUUCCCAGCGCCUCAGCUGGUCAACCACACUUCUGACGAUCACUUGGGCCAGAGUCAGGAGGACGAGUUUGCGCUGAGCUUUGAGGGCCAUCAGUCACCAGAGGUCACAGUCCACACACCCAGCCCUUUGCCUCCAUCUUCACCAGCACUACCACCUGCACAAAUCAAAGAAAAAAAAACAACAACCAAGCUGUUUACUCCAAGCAAGCUGAGCUUCAAUCCCUCCCAGCUAGGUGGCAACAGUAUGAACCUGUCAGACCUACCUUCCUUUACUCCCAGUAACUUCCCUCCUAGUGCCUUCAACUAUGAGCGGCCAAGACAUUUUAUUCAGUCACAGUCAGCCUUCCAGGCACCCAGCUAUGAAAGUGUGAUGAGGGAGGCUCAGGAAAACCAGAAUAAUUCCCAAGAGAACCAGAUGACUUCCAUGCAUAGUUCAAAAGUUGCUGAAGGGCAAAGUCAAACUAGGAUGUCUUCACAAAGCCACUCCGUGUCAAAGUCCAUGUCUCAGACACAAUCUCAGUUUCAGUCAAUUAACCUUAGUCAUAAUCAAACACAGUCAAAUGGGGCAAGCAAGUCUUCCCCCUCCUCAUCCAGUCUGAGCUCCCCCACUUUGGCUUCCUCUUCCGCUGCUUCCAACUCCUUUGCUGCCUCAUCCUCUUCUUUCCCAUCCUCCUCUUCCCUCCCACGCACUACCAUGCGCUCCACCAUAACCCUCACCCCCAGUGUCCCAAGUGCUUGCGGCCUUGGCAGUGCCACUCUGCCAGCCAAUCAGGAUACCAUGUCAGCUCCCGCUGCGUACCUCUGCUCCGUGCUGCCCUCCCAGUCCUCUUUCUCCCCUUACUCCUCCAAACGGACCCCCAACUCCACCUUUCCCCGUUCUUCCACCUCCCCAUCCUGGUCUCCGCUAGCUCCUUCAAGCCCUCGUCUCCCGAUGAAAGCUGCCUCCUCUCCGUCCUCCCUUCCUCAACAGCCUCCUCCAUUGUCCCCUUCCUUCCCUCACUCCAGCCUCUCUCCCAGCUCCUCUUCGCUCCCACAGCCCAACACUCCUAAUAAUCAAAACAGUGUUCCUCCCCCUGUGGUCUCCCUGCCAGCCAACUACAAGGGGACGCCGAGCACUCUUCCGAAGCCCAUUCUCAAGAAGACUGUAGCUUCUCGGCCAUCUUCUUCUCGCUCAACAGAUGAAGACAUUCAGGGUUCUAAGGAUGCCCUCAUCCAGGAUCUGGAAAAGAAGCUACGCUCGAAAGAAACCAGGAGGAGAAACAGCCAGAAACUUUCCUACGAGGAGCGUAUGGCGCGAAGGCUGCUGGGUCCAGACAGCGCCAACUACAUGUUUGACCAAGACAGUCUUUCAGACUCGCAACUUGACCAGCCAGAAUCACCAGAAGGAAGACACACUGGGGGGCUAUGGGGGAAACACCACUCUGGGACAGAUGAGCGGGGGAACGAAGGAUCAGCUAUCCAGGAAAAAUGCUAUGCCCCUCGCUUCAUGCAGAUCCCUCAAGACCUCACUGUGGAGGAGGGACGCUUCUGUAGGAUUGACUUCAAGGUUGGAGGACUUCCAACCCCGGAUGUCUGCUGGUACUUGGAUGGUAAAGCCAUACGUCCAGAUGACUACCACAAGAUGCUAGUGUGUGAGAAAGGGAUGCAUUCGUUCAUCAUUGAGAUUGUCACAGUGCACCAUGCUGGCGUGUACGAGUGUGUGGCCAGGAACCGUGCCGGGGAAAGCAGAUUUACCUUGAAGCUUGAUGUCAUAGCCCAGGAGGCUCUGCGCCCUCCCACCUUUGUUCAAAAGAUGUCCAACUCCAGAGCACUAGAGGGCGACACUGUGAGAUUAGAAUGUAAAGUAGAUGCUUCACCUCCUCCACAACUCUUCUGGAAAAAAGAUAAAGACAUGCUGCGCAUAGACCCCAACAGAAUGAGUCUCUACCAGGAUGGAUCAGGCAGGCAGUGCUUGUUGAUAGAGAGGCUGACCAAGUCUGACGCUGGUUGGUACACACUCUCGGCCAUCAACGAAGCUGGCAUGUCCACAUGCAAUGCCAGGCUGGAUAUAAGCCGCCGAGCAGGGCCUCCCAUGAAAACGGCGCCCCCCGGCUCCAAGUCGUUGAAGCUGCUGUCAUCCGUGAGCCAUGUGCCCGCCAUGACGGUGGAGCACCCCGCACAGCACACCGCCCCCUUGUAUGAGAGCGAGGAGCUGUAGAUCUGAAGUCCUCUGUCACUCUAACACAUCUCACAAGUGUCAAACUGGGCCAGACGAUGCCAUGCGAACAAAGCACAGACGCUGUGUUAUCGAAUAUUACUGCAUGAAGCUCACAUGCACAUUACUCUUUAGCCCAAGAGACCUUUCUGUUUUUAACUGAACUCCUGCAAGCCAACGUAGCCUCACUCUUCAUGUUGUCCAGCUGCUGCUGUUGCUCACCUUGGACCGCAUGCACGGUUUCAGGCUGCAGAGCUCAUGUUGGAUUCAUGCCUGUAAGCCUCUCUGGCCGUCAUGGCGUCUCUCAGCAAAAUGGUGGCGGUGGCGAGGUCAUUUACAUGUAUUAAUAGAUGUGUAGUGACACAUGCAGCCCUGGUGCCUUUUUUAUCCUGGCAGCUGAACAAAAUAUUCAUCUGCAGUCCAGGAAACAUUUCAAUCAUUAAUCAGAUUCAUAAAACACAAAACUGUGUGAAUUGUUUAGAUUUAUUUGCAAGAUUCAAGCAAGUUUUAGAAGGGCGCGGUCUGUUUUCAGGCUGAGUAACUCUAGAUUGAGAUUGAGAACAUUGGCCCCACUCACAACAUAGCCACCAUCCAACAUUUAUACUAAUCUAAACUAAACUUUUGGCAGCUCCUUGUUAAAGUACUGAAAUAUUGGGCAUGUGCAUUCAAAGGUUUAGAGAAGGUCAAAUUCUGUUCACCUGUAAAGGUUGUAGUCACCCCAAAGCACAAUAUCCAUUACUUUUAGUGAGUGGUGCAUGAAAUACUGCUCUUUACGCCCCCUACCGUUCAUAAUGUGUAUUUACUUCAACUGGAAACAUGACAUUUGCCCCAGUUCUCACAGAAAAUGAAAUCCCUGUCUGUUUUUUUUCAGCAUACGGUUUGUUUUAAAGUUAAUUCCUGCCAAUAUAAAUAUGGUGUUGUAUGUGAAUAACUAUAUGUAUUUGAAAUUAUGAGUAUCACAGUUGGAUACCCACCAGACCCUCCCAUUCAAGAAGUCAUGUUCCUCAUAAUACUGUAUAUCUAUGAUUGUUUCAAGCAUCUGCUUUGCUCAGCUUGCCAAAGUAGGUCUCUUAUAAUAGGAAGCUGCAGGUACAAGUGUUUUCUCUUCAAACACUGUUUGUUGUGUCAAUUGUUCAGCAUAUCAGUGGAUAAAUGAGGAAUAA